AUGCCCUGCGACGGGCCCGCCCCGCCCCGCAAGGACACGGCGACGCCGAGCGCCAGGAACAGGCUGUGCCCGGCCCGGCCCGGUCCGGCCCCCCCGGUCCCUCCUCGCCCGGCAUCCCCCGGACCCUGCCCGUCCCCCGCGUCCCUCCUCACCCGGCAUCCCCCGGACCCUGCCCGUCCCCCGCGUCCCUCCUCACCCGGCAUCCCCCGGACCCUGCCCGUCCCCCCCAUCCCUCCUCGCCCGGCAUCCCCCGGACCCUGCCCGUCCCCCCCCGUCCCUCCUCGCCCGGCAUCCCCCGGACCCUGCCCGUCCCCCCCCGUCCCUCCUCGCCCGGCAUCCCCCGGACCCUGCCCGUCCCCCGCGUCCCUCCUCACCCGGCAUCCCCCGGACCCUGCCCGUCCCCCCCCGUCCCUCCUCGCCCGGCAUCCCCCGGACCCUGCCCGUCCCCCGCGUCCCUCCUCACCCGGCAUCCCCCGGACCCUGCCCGUCCCCCCCAUCCCUCCUCACACGGCAUCCCCCAGACCCUGCCCGUCCCCCCCGUCCCUCCUCGCCCGGCAUCCCCCGGACCCUGCCCGUCCCCCCCCGUCCCUCCUCGCCCGGCAUCCCCCGUCCCUCCUCGCCCGGCAUCCCCCGGACCCUGCCCGCCCCCCCCAUCCCUCCUCGCCCGGCAUCCCCCGGACCCUGCCCAUCCCCCCCCCCGUCCCUCCUCGCCCGGCAUCCCCCGGUCCCUCCUCGCCCGGCAUCCCCCGUCCCUCCUCGCCCGGCAUCCCCCGGACCCUGCCCCGCCCCCCCCAUCCCUCCUCGCCCGGCAUCCCCCGGACCCUGCCCGUCCCCCCCCGUCCCUCCUCGCCCGGCAUCCCCCGUCCCUCCUCGCCCAGCAUCCCCCGGACCCUGCAAGGUUCCCCCCAUCCUCCUCGCCGGCAUCCCCCGGACCUGCCCGUCCCCCCCGUCUCCUCCUCGCCGCAUCCCCGUACUCCUCGCCUCGGCAUCCCCCGGACCCUGCCCGUCCCCCCCGUCCUCCUCGCCGGCAUCCCCGGUCCCUCCUCGCCCGGCAUCCCCCGGACCCUGCCCGCCCCCCCCAUCCCUCCUCGCCCGGCAUCCCCCGGACCCUGCCCAUCCCCCCCCCGUCCCUCCUCGCCCGGCAUCCCCCGGUCCCUCCUCGCCCGGCAUCCCCCGGACCCUGCCCGCCCCCCCAUCCCUCCUCGCCCGGCAUCCCCCGGUCCCUCCUCGCCCGGCAUCCCCCGGACCCUGCCCGUCCCCCCCCCGUCCCUCCUCGCCCGGCAUCCCCCGUCCCUCCUCGCCCAGCAUCCCCCGGACCCUGCCCGUCCCCCCCGUCCCUCCUCACCCGGCAUCCCCCGGACCCUGCCCGUCCCCCCCCGUCCCUCCUCGCCCGGCAUCCCCCGGACCCUGCCCGUCCCCCCCCGUCCCUCCUCGCCCGGCAUCCCCCGUCCCUCCUCGCCCAGCAUCCCCCGGACCCUGCCCGUCCCCCCCGUCCCUCCUCACCCGAGGGAUCUGCCUGCUCCCCCCAACACGGCCGUGGCCUGGCAGCCUCUGACAGCAGGAGAAGCUGGGCCAGCUCUACAAGUUUUGCCGUCCCAAGCAGUGAAAAGAACUGCUGCCAUGGACGGCGACAGGAAGAAGCUGCCGUCGAUUUGCCGCCACAGCCGGAGGAACUGCCGCCCCUUUCUCACUGCCACCCCACGCACCCGCUUGGAACGCUGGGGCCUGGAGCCGGCCCUGCCACGGAGCGGGAGUCGAGGACUCCUGACAGCAUGA